UCUAUCAAUCAUCCUGAGCGUAACGACCACAAUUCCCUCUAAAACCGCGUGUGCUUUAUCUAUCACUCAGAAAAAAGCGCGAGAGCUAUCCCCCAAGAUGGAUCCAGGACGAGCGGCCAUGAUUGCCGGCAUCAAGUCCCCAACCCGCGGGUCUUCGACUGGUCGAGAUAUCACCGCCCCGAGGCAUGACCCCGGCAACCGAAUCACAAAACCAUCCAGGCCGCAGCAACGAGCCCCGGCACAGAGCAGCAAUAGAGAUCAACAGUCGAAUCCGCGCAACUUCAAGACACAGGAUGAGCAGUCUGAAGAGUUCGUCGCCGGCGAAGACAAGUUCGUCCUGCGACAGUCAAAGAAGAAGGCCGACAUCCGAGUCCGUGAGCGCCGCGCCAAACCGAUCGACUUUCUUGCCUUUAACCUCCGCUGGGUCGACGAAGACCGCGACACACUCGAUGACGACGAAAAAGAUGCCCUCAUCACCGUGCCGUCGCCCGCAAAGGUGAUCGAGGGCCUCAACGAAGCUCAGCUGACCGAGCUGGAACCAGAGGUCACGUCCUACCGAACCCUCGAGACCAGCGCCCGCAACCUCGAAUACUGGAACGCUAUACUGGCGCUCUGUGACGAUCGUCGCCGGCAGCUGGCGCCCCAGGGCCCCGAGGGCCGCACCGUGGGCUCGGUGUCGGCUGACGUCGACAAGAUCCUUGCCCCGAAGACCUACGAACAGCUCGAAGCGUUGGAGAAGCAGAUUCGGGCGAAGCUUGAUUCCAACGAUGCAUCUGUCGACACAGAUUACUGGGGUGGUUUGUUGAAGAGCUUGCUUGUCUACAAGGCGAAAGCUCAACUGAAGAAGAUCACACAGUCCAUCCGCGAGGCCCGGGCCGAGAAGCUGAAGGCAAUGGACAUUGAGAAGCUGGUGGCGGCAGGCUCAAGCGCCCUGGUUGCAGGUGGAAAGAGGACAGGGGGCUCUGUUGCCCAGGGCUCGAGUGCUGGCUUGGGCGCCUCUGGUGGAGCACCAGGUUCAAGCAGUGGCGCCCUCCCUCCGGGUACGGCUCGGUUUGCGCAAAGCACAAACGACGAAGAUUUCUCGGCGGCGACCAGGGCUCUCUACGAGAGGGAGCUUGCCCGGGGUGUAGGCGAGGACGAGGAGAUCCUGACGGCCGAGGAGGCGCCGGCGACAGGUCCCAGGCCGGCAUGGGCAGACAAGUACCGUCCGCGAAAGCCGCGCUACUUCAACCGGGUGCAGAUGGGCUACGAGUGGAACAAGUACAACCAGACGCACUAUGACUACGACAACCCGCCGCCCAAGGUGGUGCACGGCUACCGCUUCAACAUCUUUUACCCGGAUCUCAUCGACAAGACCAAGGCACCCACCUUCAAGAUCAUCCGGGAGGGCGGCCGGAGGCGAGGAGAGUCAUUUGCUCCGGCUGGCCAGGAGGACACCUGUCUCAUUCGGUUCAUCGCGGGGCCUCCGUACGAGGACAUUGCGUUUCGGAUCGUUGACAAGGAGUGGGAUUUCAGUGCCAAGAGGGAACGGGGCUACAAAAGUAGUUUUGACAAGGGUAUUCUGCAACUCCAUUUCCGGUUCAAAAAGAUCUAUUAUAGAAAAUGAGAAGCCAGCAAACCCGGCGCAGGUUGUGCGAGCUGCAAGGGAAAAAAAGAACAGCCAGUUGCAUGCCGAUUUUGUGGACCCAGUCUCCAUCUUUUCAUUAUUCCAUUUACCUGGCAACUACAGUGCAGGCUCGUGUGUGAUGGCUCGUCUUCAUCGCCAUCAAUGAGCCAAGCCAAAGUUACGCUGACUGGAGCACCUGAUAUGGAAAAAGAAAGAGACACCACGCGUGCUGUGCAGUAAAUACCAGUGCAGGCGUCUCGGCCACAGCCACAAGGUUGUUUCUGCAUACCCUCAAGACACCUUUCCCUCCCGACUUGUCUGGAUGCGCACGCCUCUUUGAACAGGCAGGCAGACAUAUCGGCUGUUCCCCCGCGUUCCCAACUUUGGAGUGGCACCAAGUUAGGAGCUUCGGCAUGACCAUUGGCCUGCCGGACCUUUCCUGACAGCAAGGAUGGAACAGGAUGUUUUAGUGAGGGUACACCAUCCCCUGUUUGUUGUGCGCACAAAAUACGUAUACGCACACACACCUGCACCUCAUGUUUCCCACCGGGUCAAGUGGAUGUCAGGCUGAUGCAAGGUAAUUUUUUUUUUUAUUGUCUUUAUGCUUUCUUCGCUUAGCCAGGUAUGUAGAGUGAUAGGCGUUUGUAUCCUCAACACACACAUGGUUGGCCACCCAAAACACGUGCAGAUGGCUCGUUCAUCUUGCUCGCCACGUACAGGACGGUGACAUUUGUACUGAGGAUUAACCUCGGAGGUUGCAGUGGGAUGCGCACAUUUCUCUCGCAGACAAACUUUUUUUUUUCUUUCUUUUUUUUGGUUGUGAACAAUUAUUGAUAUAUUGCUUGUCCAGAGAGCAAACAGCCAAGGGACGGAAGGAAUGGUAAAUCCUGUCAGUUAUCACAUCGUCUACCUACGGAUGUUUCCCUGCUGCCCCCUUCGAGGGCCUUUGAGAUGCAAGCAACUGAUUUUCAUUACACCGCCGGGGAGGGGGGUAGGGUGGACAAAGCCCCUCUAUGAGGCUGCCGAGGCGGCUGAGGCAUCAGCGUUUUUUUUUUUUUUUGUUUCAUACCUUUUAU